AUGGGGGCUACCGCUGCCGUGACUCCGGCUACCACUAACGACUGCAACUCGUCUGAACAAGGACCACCGCUGCCCGUCGGAAAGAAAUCGGAAGGGCCGAUUGCUGCUCCGACCUCUCGACGAUGCGUGGCUGCUGCUGAACGGACAGAAACGGGCUCUCGAGGACUUCUCGGCUGUGUGUCGGCCCUCGCCGGAAAUGGGUUCGACCUCGCCGCUGGUGUCUCAUCCUCGCCGCUGGAGGCACUCGUCCUGCUGGAGAUUGCUAAUUGGUCGCACACACAGUACGCCGGCGAAAGGCUCACAAACAGAGGAAGA